CCUUAGUUACCGGAGUAGCAACAACAACUUUAGAUGGUGAUCCAAGGUAGAAGAUAGGCUAGGUAGCUAAAAGUAUCUUCCACACUGCGUUAUAGCGAAUGUAACAUGUUUUAUUACUUUUAAUGCUGCACUGCUUCAGCACAGAAGACUCAUUCAGAGUUACAGACACUUGUAUUUGGCAUGUUCAAACAAUGUCCGUUUUGUUUGUUUGUUUGUUUGUUUGUUUUCCGGUUUAGUGAUUUUAGACAGGCUGAGAACCAGCCAGUUUAAUUAGCUUUCUGUACUAAUUUAACAGAAAUACAGCUGCUCCUGUGUAAGAGUUUCUAAAAUGGAAAGUAAGGGUGCAUCAGGGAGUAAAAAGCUCCCCGGAUUCCCUCACAGCUCCUUGCAUCUUUUGCCACAACUUCCAUUGGUUCGUGCGAAGCCUAAGUGGCAGGAUGCAAAGCCAAGCUUCGUCCUCCUGGGCCAGACAGAAAUCACAGAUCACGAAGUGUCCACGAGGAUCUCCAGAGAAACACUCAGAGGGAGCUUGCAGCUCAGCCAGAGAGCACGCAGCACAGCCAGAGUGUCUGAAUCCUUCAAACAAUGUAUGAAGUCGAAAAACGAUCGCGAGCAGCUUCGCAGGACUCUCAUCAGCAUAUUCUCGGAGGAGGAAUCGGACACGGAUGAAAGCUUACAACCUGCAAGUGGUUCUCUAACUUUAACUGAGAAAAGAAUGUUGAAAUAUUAUAACUACAUUCGAUAUGGGAUUGACACGCAGCACUUGGCCCCUAUGGAAGAUUCCUGGCUGGAGAGGAUUUUGAUCUGGGUGCCAAGUCACCUGAAGACGUUAACAAGAUCCGUUGAGGUUCUCUCCGAUGAGAUAAGAGAGGAUUAUCUGCUGAGUGCUAAGAAAGCUAUAGUGGAUUUUGCGUUGCAAGACCCGAGAGAGAGUGAAGAAAAGAAGGUGAAAAGUCUUCCGCCUCACAGAGAAGAGAUGGCAGUUGUGCCAAAGCCGUGGAAUGCAUCCUUCCAAAAAGCACAAAAAAGGAUGAGCCAGCAUCUCCAUGCCAUCAACCCCACCAUGCUGUCUGUGCUGAACCUGUGGCAUGUGUCCUUCAAGAAUUUACGUCUUCUCGACGUGACAGAGUUCCACACCAGAGAGGAGGCUAUGGAGCUCUCCGUCUUUCAGCAGAUUGUCAGCCAACACAUUGAAAGUGCUGAAGACGUCCUGCUGAAGAAGUGGUUUCCUGAGGUGCAACAAAUCUACUACCAGGGAAGCAAGCGCAAAUUGGUCCCCAGAAAUACCAAUCCGUCACGGCUGCAGUCUUUCUUCAACUGCGUAGCUGCCCUAAUGUCCUCUCAGCUCCAGAGUCUGGCCCUGGAAUCUAUUCGCGACUACACACGCCUGAUAGUUCAGGACCCACGUUCAGUAAGCGCUUAUGAGCAUCCGGGCUUUGUUCUGCGGCUGAUCCUGAAGCAGAACAAGAUCAUAUUUGAGCCAGAUUUCAAGGACUUUGAGGUCGUUUUGCUGAAUGUCUAUGACGCAAUGUUGAAAUGCAUCAGCUUGGUGCCUCGAGUCGAGACAAAGCUGUACUCAGAAUGGCCAGGCACCGAGGAUGCCGGAACCCUGAAACCCAUCAUCCUGCCUGAGAUCCUGAAGGCACAAAAGGAUGAAAUUCGGCGGGUGAUACGUGAGGAGAGCAGUGGGCCAACUCAGCAUGUGCACCUCUACGACAAAUUUGCGCCGUUGAUAUCGCAACAGGCCGAGCAGGACAUAGAGCACUUCCUGGUGGAGCAGCACUCCUUCCAGGAGAUGACGAUGGAGGCGACACGCUACCAGCAGCUGGCUGAUGAGAUCCAGUAUGACUCCUGCAAGGUCGUACGACUCGGUAUGUUCGAAGUGCACUGCCAUGAGCUUAUCCUUGCACUAGUGAAGCGUGCGGAGGGACUCAGGGAGAAACUAGUCACCCGUAUGCUGAAGGACCACCAGAAUUGCAAUAAAAAACUUUGUGAUGAAUUUGAGAAGAUUGCAAAAAAAGCCCACAGCACUCCUUCAAACACACAAGAGCUCAUGGCUCUUAAGGCUUACAUAAAGAAGGUUGAAGCUGAAGAGAUGCCCAAACUGGAGCUCAAGCUCAGCGAAUCCAUGAAUCGUCUCUGCUUCUUGGCUGGUUAUGAGUUUUCUUCAAUGGACAUAAGCCUGAACAAGAAGACAUUCCAGUGGCACAUGCGCAUGCCUUCCAUCUUUGACAAGCACCGAGAAAUUGCUAACGAGAAGACCGUACAUUUCCAGGAUUUCCUUAAGUUGCGGUGCGAGAAGUUCGUGGAAGAUCUGGAAGGCUAUGAGAAGCAGGUGGAGGAGUUCACCUUUUUCGGGGACCUGUCUGACCUCAGCAAGUAUCUGAAAAAGGCUCAGGCACUCAAUUCCAAGCUGGAGACUGCUAUAGAGAAAAUCGAGGGCUUCAACUUGGAGGAAGAAGCGUUUGAAUGGCCCGUCUCCCAGUACCCUUUACGCAAGAAGGUCCAAGACCAGCUGCUCCCAUACCUUCGCCUGUACCAGACAGCUACCGAGUUUCAGGCUGAUCAUCAGCACUGGCUUAACGGCCCCCUCACGUCCGUCAACCCCGACAAGGUGGAGGGCGACGUCAGCAACUACUGGCGCUCACUCUACAAACUGGAAAAAGGUUUUCAGGACUCGCCCAAGGCUCUGCACAUCGCCGCCCAAGUCAAGGCUGAGGUGGAGGAUUUCAAGCAGCACCUCCCCUUAGUGCAGGUGCUGUGUAAUCCAGGCUUGCGAGACCGCCACUGGGACGCCAUGUCAGCCGUGGUGGGUUUCUCCCUGAAGCCUUCAGAAGAGGAGGCCUGCAUUUCCCACUUCAUUCCUAUGCACCUCGAGGCCCAUUUGCCCAACUUCGAGAGCAUCAGUGAGGCAGCCAGUAAAGAGUACUCACUGGAGAAGGCCAUGGAGCGCAUGGCAGGUGAAUGGGCAGGCAUAAAGUUCAACCUGCUGCCGUACCGUGAGACCGGCACGUCCAUUCUGUCCUCAGUGGACGAGAUCCAGAUGCUGCUGGACGACCAUAUUGUCAAGACACAGACGAUGCGCGGCUCACCCUUCAUCAAACCCUUCGAGGCUGAGAUACGAGACUGGGAGGGCAAGCUGCUGCUGCUGCAGGAGAUUUUAGACGAGUGGUUGAAGGUGCAGACCACGUGGCUCUACCUGGAGCCCAUAUUCAGUUCUCCAGACAUCAUGGCCCAGAUGCCAGAGGAGGGACGCUGCUUCACCGCUGUGGAUAAAACCUGGAGGGACAUCAUUAAGCAAGUCAGCCUGGACAAGCACGUCCUGGCUGUGGUGGCCAUCGAUAAGAUGUUGGAGAAGCUUAAGAAGAGCAAUGAGUUCCUGGAGCUCAUAUUGAAAGGCCUGAACAAGUACCUGGAAAAGAAGAGACUCUUCUUCCCUCGCUUCUUCUUUCUGUCCAACGAUGAGCUACUGGAGAUUCUUUCCGAGACGAAGGACCCGACCAGAGUACAGCCGCAUCUGAAGAAGUGUUUUGAGGGCAUUGCCAGUGUUGUGUUCACUGACAUUCUGGACAUCACACACAUGAAGAGCAGUGAGGGUGAGAUGGUGGAGCUGCUGGACAUCAUCUCCACUUCUAAAGCCCGCGGCCAGGUCGAGAAAUGGCUCCUCGAGCUGGAGAGUGGGAUGCUCAAGUCCCUACACAAGGUGAUAGCUGAGGCGAUCGAGGCGUACCCUAAAGAGCUGCGCAUCAACUGGGUGCGAGCCUGGCCAGGUCAGACAGUACUGUGUGUGUCUCAGGUGUACUGGACCAAAUACAUCCACGAAGCCAUUGCAACGGGACCGCAGGCUCUGGAAGCUUAUUUGCAUCAGAACAACACACAGAUCGAGGAUAUCGUGGCCCUGGUGCGUGGGAAACUGUCCAAACAGAACCGAGUGACCCUGGGAGCGCUGGUGGUGUUGGACGUGCAUGCUCGCGACGUCUUGGCCUCGCUUGUGCACAAGGGCGUGGAUGAUGAGAACAACUUCGAGUGGCUCAGCCAGCUUCGUUAUUACUGGAUUGAGAACCAGCUUCAGACCAAAAUGAUUAACGCAGGCCUGGCUUAUGGCUACGAGUACCUCGGGAACACGCCACGACUGGUCAUCACUCCCCUCACCGAUCGCUGCUACAGAACUCUUUUUGGAGCCCUGCACUUGCAUUUAGGAGGAGCUCCUGAAGGCCCAGCAGGCACGGGGAAGACCGAGACGACUAAAGAUCUGGCCAAAGCUGUGGCUAAGCAGUGUGUCGUGUUCAACUGCUCUGAUGGUCUUGAUUACAUUGCCCUGGGAAAGUUCUUUAAGGGCUUGCUAUCCUGUGGUGCAUGGGCAUGCUUUGACGAGUUCAACCGCAUUGACCUGGAGGUGCUGUCUGUGGUGGCGCAACAAAUUCUCACCAUUCAGAGAGGGAUCGCAGCUCAUGCCGAGAUGCUGAUGUUUGAGGGGACGGAGUUAAGGCUCAACCCAUCCUGUGCUGUCUUCAUCACUAUGAACCCGGGAUACGCUGGUCGCUCCGAACUGCCUGAUAACCUGAAGGCCCUGUUCCGCACCGUGGCCAUGAUGGUUCCCGAUUAUGCCCUGAUUGCCGAGAUUGUGCUUUACUCUUGUGGUUUUGUAACGGCCCGUCCGCUCUCAGUGAAGAUUGUGGCCACGUAUCGCCUCUGCUCCGAGCAGCUGUCCUCUCAGAGCCACUAUGAUUACGGCAUGAGGGCCGUCAAAUCUGUCCUGACCGCCGCUGGAAACUUAAAGCUGAAGUUUCCGGAGGAGAACGAGGACAUUCUUCUGCUGAGGUCCAUCAUUGAUGUUAACCUUCCCAAAUUUUUGGCCCAUGAUCUGCCACUUUUUGAGGGAAUCACUUCAGAUCUUUUCCCUGGUGUAAAACUCCCCAAACCAGACUAUACUGUCCUGCUGGAGGCCAUUAAAGAGAACAGUGAGAAGAUGAACCUGCAGGUGACAGAUUUCUUUGCGGAGAAGAUCCUGCAGGUUUUUGAGAUGAUGAUCGUGCGUCACGGCUUCAUGCUGGUGGGAGAGCCGUUCGGAGGGAAGACAAGCGCCUAUCGAGUCCUCGCCGCUGCCUUGAACGAUAUCUGUGAGAAGGGCCUGAUGGAUGAGAACAAGGUUCAGAUCACUGUUAUCAACCCCAAGUCCAUUACCAUGGGUCAGCUGUAUGGCCAGUUCGACCCUGUGUCUCAUGAGUGGUCAGAUGGCAUACUUGCUGUGAGCUACAGAGCCUUUGCCACCUCUCAGACUCCAGACAGGAAGUGGCUGAUUUUUGACGGCCCUGUGGAUGCAGUGUGGAUUGAGAACAUGAACACAGUGCUUGAUGACAAUAAGAAACUGUGUCUGAUGAGCGGUGAGAUCAUCCAAAUGUCUCCUCAAAUGAGCCUCAUCUUUGAACCCAUGGACCUGGAGGUGGCUUCACCCGCCACGGUGUCUCGCUGUGGUAUGAUCUACAUGGAGCCUCAUAUGCUGGGCUGGAGGCCACUAAUGAUCUCCUGGCUCAACACCCUGCCGUCCACACUGAGCUCCGUGCAGAAAGACCUCAUCACCGGCCUCUUUGACCGCAUGCUGCCCAGCUGCCUGCAGCUCAUCCGCAAAGGGACCAAGGAGUUGUCUCCGACAUCAGACACCAACCUGGUGCGCUCCCUGAUGAACCUGAUGGAUUGCAUGAUGGACGAGUUUAGAGAUGAGGGCCAGAUGAAGGCCAUGAGCGAGAGAGAUGUGUGCUCCUGGCUUGAGGGUAUUUUUGUGUUUUCUCUGGUGUGGUCAGUGGGUGCGAGCUGCACAGAACCUGGGAGAGUGAAGGUUGAUGAUCUGGUGAGGGAGCUGCUAACAGGUGCCCUGACUGAGGAGACACGGGCAAGCCAUGGCAUCCUGGAGCACAUAGAGGCACCAAGCAAGCAGCUCACAGUGCCCUUACCUGCUGCGGGCACUCUCUAUGAGUACCGCUUCAUCAAAGAGGGUCCAGGCAGAUGGGAGCUGUGGACCGAGGAGCUGAAGCAGGCUCCACCGAUCCCUAAAGACAUGCAGUUCAAUGAGAUCAUCGUGCCGACGGAGGAUACAGUGCGCUACACGGCUCUGAUGGAGCUGCUUGUCACGCACCAGAAGCCCACCAUCUUUGUGGGGCCCACAGGAACCGGCAAGAGCGUGUACAUUAUAGACUUCCUGUUGAAGCGGCUCAACAAGGAUACGUACAGUCCUCUGCUAAUCAACUUUUCAGCCCAAACCACAGCCGCUCAGACUCAGAACAUCAUCAUGUCCAAGCUGGACAAGAGACGCAAAGGAGUGUUUGGCCCCCCGCUGGGAAAGAAGAUGGUGGUGUUCGUGGAUGAUGUGAAUAUGCCUGCGAGAGAGACGUACGGUGCUCAGCCUCCUGUGGAGCUUCUGCGCCAGUGGCUGGACCACUGGAACUGGUACGACAUGAAGGACUGCUCCAUGAUCAACCUGGUGGACAUCCAGCUGAUGUGUGCCAUGGGGCCUCCUGGUGGUGGGAGAAACCCAGUGACACCUCGCUUCCUCCGUCAUUUUAACACAGUAACGAUUAAUGAUUUUGAUGAGAAGGCCAUGUAUACCAUUUUCUCCAGAAUCCUAAACUGGCACUUGACUAUACGAUUUCCCUUUCCUCCAGCAUUUGCCAGCCUCACCUCUCAGAUAGUGGGUGCCACCUUGACAGUGUAUCAGGAGGCCACUAAGAACUUGCUGCCUACCCCAGCCAAGUCUCAUUAUCUUUUCAACCUGCGGGAUUUCUCCCGUGUCAUCCAGGGCAUUUGCUUAUCUUGCCCAGAGACGGCAGAUGACCCCAAAGCUAUUAAACGCUUGUGGGUGCAUGAGGUGCAGAGAAUUUAUUACGACCGCUUAGUUCACCCAUCAGACCGCACCUGGAUGGUGGGCUUUUUGCAGGAGGUCUGCAAGUCCCACCUAAAGGAGGACUUCCAUCAGCUCUUCAAGCACCUGGACUUUGACUCUGAUGGAUGCGUAACUGAAGAUGACUUGCGCAGCCUCAUGUUCUGUGAUUUCCAUGACCCCAAGGGUGAGGACCGCAACUACCGUGAAGUUGGUGACCUUGAUCAGCUACGCCAAGUGGUGGAGGCCCACCUAGAGGAGUUUAACAACAUCAGCAAGGCACCCAUGAACCUUGUGCUUUUCCGAUUCGCCAUUGAGCAUGUCUGCAGAAUCUCUCGUAUCCUAAAACAGCCACGGGGUCAUGCGCUUCUGGUCGGUGUUGGAGGGAGUGGUCGGCAGUCCCUGACUCGCCUGGCUGCUCACAUGGCUGAAGCCGAGCUCUUCCAAGUGGAGAUCUCCAAGAGUUAUGGGAUGACAGAAUGGCGUGACGACCUAAAACUUAUUAUGCGCAAAUCAACAUCUGGUGAUACCCAUGGUGUCUUCCUCUUCACUGACACCCAGAUAAAGAUGGAGUCAUUCCUCGAAGAUGUUAGCAAUUUGCUCAACACAGGUGAAGUUCCUAAUCUCUUUGCCGUGGAUGAGAAGCAGGAAAUCUGUGAACGUAUGCGGGUCCUGGAUCGCCAGCGGGAGCGGGAGAAGCAGACAGAUGGAAGUCCUCUGGCACUGUUCAACAUGUUUGUAGAGCGCUGUCGUAGUCAGUUGCAUGUGGUGCUGGCCAUGAGUCCAAUCGGUGAUGCCUUCCGAGGCCGCCUGCGACGUUUUCCUGCACUUAUCAACUGCUGCACCAUAGACUGGUUCCAGAGCUGGCCCGAUGAUGCUCUACAGGCUGUGGCAUCUCGGUUUCUGGAGGACAUUGAGAUGACGGAUGAUGCCCGCGCUGGCUGCAUAGACAUGUGCCAGAGCUUCCACACUUCAACCAUCAAUCUCUCGGCACGCUUUCUGGCUGAGCUGCAGCGCCACAACUACGUCACCCCGACCUCCUACCUGGAGCUCAUCUCCACCUUCAAAGUCCUGCUGGAGUGCAAGAGAGCUGAGGUGAUGAAGCUAAAACAGCGCUAUGAGGUUGGCCUGGAAAAGCUGGAUUCUGCUGCUGCUCAAGUGGCCACCAUGCAAGUGGAGCUGGAGGCACUUCAGCCUCAGCUUCGGGUGGCUAGCAAAGAGGUGGACGAGAUGAUGGUGGUGAUUGAGCAUGAGUCUGUGGAGGUGGCCGAGACAGAGAAGGUGGUUCGCGUGGAUGAGGCAGUGGCAAAUGAACAGGCCACGGCUGCCAAGGCUAUCAAAGAUGAGUGUGACGCCGACUUGGCUGUUGCUCUGCCCAUCCUGGAAUCAGCUCUGGCUGCACUUGAUACACUUACUCCACAGGACAUCACAGUGGUGAAGUCCAUGAAGAGCCCUCCGGCUGGAGUCAAACUCGUGAUGGAGGCCAUUUGUAUCCUGAAAGGCAUAAAACCUGACCGCAUCCCUGAUCCUUCUGGCUCAGGCAAGAAGAUUGAGGACUUCUGGGGUCCAGCCAAGAAGCUUCUAGGUGACAUGAAGUUCCUGCAGAGUCUGCAUGAGUACAACAAAGACAACAUUCCGGCCGCUUACAUGACUAUUAUCCGCAACAAAUACAUCACCAACCCAGAUUUUGUCCCCGAGAAGAUCCGGACGGCCUCCACUGCAGCCGAGGGCCUCUGCAAGUGGGUCUGUGCUAUGGACUCUUACGACAAGGUUGCGAAAGUUGUGGCCCCUAAGAAAGAGAAGUUGGCUCAAGCAGAGGCUAAGCUGAAGGUAGCCACGGAGAGUCUCCAAAAGAAGCAGGCAGCUCUAAAGGAGGUCCAGGACAAAUUGGCCAAACUUCAGGAGACUCUGGAGGCCAACAAGAGCAAGAAAGCUGACCUGGAAAAUCAGGUGGAGCUGUGCAGUAAGAAGCUGGAGAGAGCAGAACAGCUGAUUGGUGGUUUGGGAGGAGAGAAGACACGUUGGAGUGAGACAGCAUUGAACCUGGGAGAACUGUACACCAAUCUAACCGGAGAUAUUCUCAUCUCAGCUGCUAUAGUAGCCUACCUUGGGGCUUUCACAUCUAGUUAUAGACAGAGUGCUACAGAAGAAUGGAUCGAGCUGUGUAAGGCCAAAGCAAUCCCCUACUCUAAGAAUGUGUCUCUGAUGCUCUCUUUGGGAGAGCCGGUGAAAAUCAGAAGCUGGACCAUCGCUGGCCUUCCCUCAGAUAGUUUCUCCAUUGACAACGGCAUCAUCAUCUCGAACGCAAGGCGAUGGCCUCUGAUGAUCGACCCACAGGGCCAAGCAAACAAGUGGGUAAAGAAUAUGGAGAAGGCCAACAGCCUGCACGUUAUCAAGCUGAGCGAUGGCGACUUUGUGAGAACGCUGGAGAACUGCAUUCAGUUCGGCACGCCAGUUCUGCUGGAAAAUGUGGGCGAGGAGCUGGACCCCAUCCUGGAGCCUCUGCUGCUGAAGCAGACGUUUAAGCAGGGAGGGAGUGUGUGUAUCCGCCUGGGAGACUCCACCAUAGAGUACGCACCGGACUUCCGCUUCUACAUCACCACCAAGCUACGCAACCCACACUAUCUGCCCGAGACCUCAGUCAAGGUAACGCUUCUGAACUUCAUGAUCACGCCUGAGGGAAUGCAAGACCAGCUGCUUGGUAUAGUGGUGGCUAGAGAGAGGCCAGACCUAGAAGAGGAGAAACAAGCCCUCAUCCUGCAGGGGGCGGAAAACAAGAGACAGCUUCAGGAGAUCGAAGACAAGAUCCUGGAAGUACUCUCGGCAUCUAAAGGGAAUAUCCUGGAGGACGAGACAGCUGUCCAGAUUCUCUCCUCCUCCAAAGUGCUGGCCAAUGAAAUCUCGGAGAAGCAGGCUGUGGCCGAGGUGACAGAGAGAAAAAUUGAUGAAACACGUAUGGGCUACACACCCAUCGCAGUCCACUCUGCCAUCUUGUUCUUCUCCAUCGCUGACCUGGCCAACAUUGAACCCAUGUACCAGUACUCACUCGGCUGGUUCAUCAAUCUCUUUAUCUUAUCCAUCGACAACUCGGACAAGAGCGAGGUUCUGGAGCAGAGACUGCAGAUCCUAAGAGACCACUUCACCUACUCGCUGUACGUCAACGUGUGCCGAUCACUCUUCGAGAAGGACAAGCUGCUCUUCUCCUUCUGCCUCAAUGUCAACCUGCUUAAACACGAAAAGCUUAUCGACGAGAACGAGUGGCGCUUUCUGCUGACGGGUGGCGUGGGUCUGGAUAACCCUCACGCCAAACCCUGCGACUGGCUGCCCAAGAAAUCCUGGGAUGAGAUCUGCCGCCUAGACGAGCUGGAGUGCUUCAAGGGCCUGCGUGAGGACGUGGCACGCCUCAGAGAUGGCUGGAAAGAAGUGUACGACAGCAAGGAUCCUCAUCACACACCUUUUCCUGGACAGUGGCAGGAGAAACUGGGACAAUUUCAGAGAAUGUUGGUCAUACGCUGCAUGAGACCGGACAAGAUCAUUCCAAUGGUGCAGGAGUUUGUGUCAAACAGCUUGGGACAGCAGUUUAUCGAGGUGCCUCCCUUUAACCUGGGGAAGGCAUUUGGAGACAGUCACUGCUGCGCUCCGCUCAUCUUCAUCCUCUCACCAGGCUCCGACCCCAUGGCAGCUCUGCUGAAAUUUGGAGACGAACAGGGCUUCACAGGGAACAAGCUGACCUCUCUGUCACUAGGCCAAGGCCAGGGUCCUAUUGCUAUGAGUAUGAUUGAGAUGGGAGUGAAGGAAGGCACGUGGGUGGUGCUGCAAAACUGCCACCUGGCCACAUCCUGGAUGGCCACGCUGGAACGGGUCUGCGAGGAGCUCAACCCAGACACCACUCAUCCAGACUUCCGUCUGUGGCUAACCAGUUACCCCUCACCUAACUUUCCCGUGGCCGUCCUUCAGAACGGUGUCAAGAUGACAAACGAGGCCCCCAAGGGGUUGCGUUCCAACAUCAUCGGCUCCCUUUAUAUGAACCCCAUCUCCGAUCCAGAGUUCUUCAACAGCAGCACAAAGCCAGCUGUGUUCAAGAAGCUCCUUUUUGGCCUGUGUUUCUUUCAUGCUCUUACCCAAGAGCGAAGGAAGUUCGGUCCCCUGGGCUGGAACAUCCCCUAUGAGUUCAAUGAAACUGACUUGCGCAUCUCUGUCCAACAGCUGCAUAUGUUCCUGGACCAGUAUGACGACGUGCCAUUCGACGCACUGCGCUACAUGACAGGAGAGUGUAACUACGGAGGACGUGUUACGGAUGACUGGGACCGCCGGACCCUCCGCACCAUCCUCUCCAUCUUCUACACCAAUAAGAUCAUCGAAGACCCAGAGUACAAGUUCGACCCAAGCGGACUUUACUACUCACCGCCUGAAGGGGAGCAUAAUAGCUACAUAGAGUACACCAAAUCACUCCCACUGUAUCCGUCACCAGAAAUCUUCGGCAUGAACGCCAACGCUGACAUCACCAAGGACCAGGUGGAGACGCAGCUCCUGUUUGACAGCAUCCUGCUCACUCAGUCUCGCAUGACAGGCGGUGAUGCUAAAUCCUCUGACGACAUGGUGUACGAGGUGGCGGCGGACAUUUUGAGCAAACUACCACAAGACUUUGACACGGAGGCAGCCAUGCGCAGGUUCCCCACCAGUUACAAGCAGAGCAUGAACACGGUGCUGGUGCAGGAGAUGGGCCGCUUCAACAAGCUGCUGCAGACAAUCCGUGACUCAUGUGUCAACAUCCAGAAGGCCAUCAAGGGUCUGGUGGUGAUGUCGGUCGAGUUAGAGGAAGUAGUGACGAGCAUUCUGAAGGGCCGUAUUCCAGGUAUGUGGAUGAAAAAGUCAUACCCGAGCCUCAAAACUCUCGGAGGCUACGUCAGCGACUUCCUGGAGAGGCUCAGAUUCUUACAGGAGUGGUAUAAUAACGGCAUGCCGGCUGUGUUCUGGAUGUCAGGCUUCUUCUUCACACAGGCUUUCCUGACUGGUGCACAGCAGAACUACGCUCGCAAACACACCAUCCCCAUCGACCUGCUCGCCUUCGACUUCUACGUCAUGGACGAAAUGGAGUACACACAGCCGCCUGAGGAUGGCGUCUACAUUCGUGGUUUGUUCCUGGACGGGGCACGCUGGGACAGAAAAAAGAAGCUGCUGGCAGAGUCGUACCCCAAGGUCCUCCACGACACCAUGCCAGUCAUUUGGCUCAUGCCCAUCAAGAAGCAGGACAUCCCCAAGCGCCUGUGCUACAUUUCACCCGUGUAUAAGACGAGUGAGAGACGGGGGACGCUGUCCACCACGGGCCACUCCACCAACUACGUCAUCGCCAUGACCCUCAACUCAGACGUGCCACCUGAGCACUGGAUUCGUCGCGGCGUUGCUCUGCUCUGCCAGCUGAACUCAUAACGCAGCAGUACCUAAAGGUGGCAUAUUCAAGCCUCGCAUUUAUACUGUUCACAUUUAUACUGUUCACAUUUAUACUGUUCACAUUUAUACUGUUCACAAUAGCUCUGUUCUCGAAACUGUUCACAAUCUCUGCCUUUUAGUGUAAUGAAUCAUUCCAUAAAACUUACUCAAGUC